CGCGCCGCUUCCGGCCUCUACCUGGACGCCCUUCCGGUUGUCCGGCUCUUCCGGGGGAGGGUCGUAGAGCCUCAGCCUUCCCGCGUCCUGGCGUCCACUUGGCCUGGGGCGGAGUGACAGCAACGCGGGUGUGCCCGCCAGUUAGAGGAAGGGCUGGCGGCGAGCCCAGAGCACGCGGGGGUCGGAGGGGAAGGUGGGGCCGGGCGCAGCUGGCCUCGGGGCAGCGAGGUGCAGGCGCGUCCCUCUCGUGGAGGCCCGCCGCGGGGUUCCGAUGGUCGGGAGCCGGGCAGGGAGGGCAGCGCUGGGCGCCUGUCCCGCAGGCCUCGCGGCGGGCGCGCUGCAGCCCUUCUCUUCCUGAAGACGGGGCUGGGUGAAGGGGGGAGGUGUGUGCAUCAGGUGUCUGAGCCCAGAGUUCCACAGAUGCCCCUGGACCUGCACCCGGGGGUGACUGUGGCCCCACAAAGCUCCAGUUCGACUUGGAGAAGAAGGAUGCGAGCUGCCGUGGAGGGAAUGGGCAGGGCCCAGAUUUGACAGCAGGACCCUUCUUUGGAGGAUCUGCGAGGUUUUGGCUGGAGGGGCGGGGAGCUGGCCAUAGCUGAGGAAAUGGUUUCUCCAUCACCUCCGAACCGCGUACAUGCCAUUCCCUGUGAUCUCCACUUCUGUUUUAUUAAGAGCCGCUCAAACCAUGACAGCCACCACUCCUGGGAUUUAUUGAAUUUCCCCUGUGUAGAGUCACACCGUGGAGUGACAGAGCCAAGAAUCGAAUCCUGGUUUCUCAAUUCCCAGACCAGAGGUCUGUCCUCCACCACGUUUAGGUUAAAACAAGUUUCUUAGCAAAAAGUUCUUUUGUGAACUUAAGGGAAACCAACCUUUAAAAAAGAUAAACAUCUUAAAGCGCUUGGAUUCCUUCUCUCUGGAUCCUGUAAUCUCAUUGACUAAAUAUAAUUAGUAGGGAAAUGGGAGGCAUAAAUUGGCAGUAAUUCAGUAGAAAACAUUUGUUUACAUUCACUCAGAGAAACUCCAUGAGGGGAAAAAAAGAAAAGGAGAGAAGCUCUAUGUCGUCAAUUCACAACUAUAAGUGGACAUUCCCCAACCUGUUGCUUCUGUACCAGCUCUACUUUCACCAUUCUUGGCCCUUUCUCAAGAGCACCCGAAAAUGAACAAAUCGCAGCAGCGUGCCACAGAACAUUGACAGUCCAAACUUCCUGAACAGAGGUGUAAAAUGCCCCGUGUGCCAGGUGUCAACCAUGUUGAGCACUGCUACAGUGCUGAGUGAGUGCAUUUAGUUUCCUCAGCAUGUCCCAAAUUUUAUGCUCCUGCAUGUGCCUAAUGUGCUGAUUGUUCCCUGACUCUUUACCUUUUCACCUUCACUUGUUUGUGACCACAGCCAGGAGCCAUUUCUUCAUAGAACCCAUUCCUGCCUCUUGUCUUCUGCCCCCUGGGCUGUGUUCAGCAUUAUAGCUGUCUGCAUUUCUGUAUCAGUGUAGGGUCUGCACAUUACCUGUGGGUCUCCACACAAGUAAGGCCAUUGUUUUUGGCGGUGCAGGCCCAUAUUGCAUUCCUCUCUGUGCCUGCUGAGAGUAGUACUCUACAUUUCUUUGUUGAGGGUCACCUGUGAACUCUCCUCUGCUCCGAAUGAAUUAUCAGUCCAUUAGAGUUGCUUUCAGAGUUGACCUGAGUCACCAGGAGAAUCGAGUUUAUUAUAAGAGAUCAGUUUCAUUCAAGGACCUGACUGUGAACUUCACCCAUGAAGAGUGGCAACAACUGGACCCUGACCAGCGGCUUUUGUACAGGGAUGUGAUGUUGGAGAACUAUAGCAACCUCAUCUCAGUGGGGUUUCGUGUUAACAAACCAGAUGUGAUCUUCAAAUUGGAGCAAGGAGAAGAACCAUGGAUAGUGGAGGAAAUCUCAAGGGAGAGCUACACAGAAGAUGAUGAUGCCUUAGAGAAGGACAAGGAAAUUCAAGACAAAUAUUUGAGUCAAAACAGCACAACACUCAUUACAAAAAGAGUGAAUGCAUUUGGAACAACGUUUACUCUGGACAUGAAUCUUGUUCCCUCAAGAAAAAUACCCUACAAAUAUGAUCCAGGUGGCAACAGUUUUAAAACUAGUUCAGAAAUAAUUGUUGCAAAGAAAAGCAAAGAAAAUAUAAAGGUUCCUGAUGAACAUGGUGGAUGUGGGAAGGCCCUGCUCCAUGCUAAGCAUGAGGAAAGUCAUUCUGGAAUGAAAAAAUGCAACUGUAAUCAAGCAGUGGAAGCCGGCAGUCAGGAGGAAGAUCUUCUGCAGCAGAGCAUUCAGACUUGGAAACAACCUUUUGACCAUAAUAAGUGUGGGGAGCCCUUCUUCAGGAGGGCACUCCUCUCUGCAGAGAAGACAGCAUGUGCUGAAAAGAAGCCAAAUGAAUGUGAUGAAUGCAGGAAAACCUUUUCUAAGAGGUCCACCCUCAUUGUGCAUCAGAGAAUUCAUACAGGGGAGAGACCCUAUGUUUGUAAUGAUUGUAGGAAAACCUUCCGCGUGAAGACCAGCCUCACUCGACACCAAAGAAUUCAUACUGGAGAGAGACCCUAUGAAUGCAGCGAAUGUGGGAAAGCCUUCAUUGACAAAUCUGCCCUCAUCGUACAUCAGAAAAUUCAUGGAGGGGAGAAAUCCUAUGAGUGUAAUGAAUGUGGAAAGACCUUCUUUCGGAAGUCAGCCCUCGCUGAGCACUUCAGGUCACACACGGGGGAGAAACCUUAUGAAUGUGAGGAAUGUGGGAAUGCCUUUGGCAAGAAAUCUUACCUCAUGGUACAUCAGAGAACUCACAGAGGAGAGAAGCCGAAUGAAUGUAAAGAAUGUGGGAAAACCUUCUUCUGCCCGUCAGCGCUCACUGCACAUCAGAGAAUUCACACAGGAGAGAAGCCCUAUGAAUGCAGUGAGUGUGGGAAAACCUUCUUCUGCCAGUCAGCCCUCAAUGUGCACCGAAGAAGUCACACAGGAGAGAAGCCCUAUGAAUGCAGUCAGUGUGGGAGAUUCUUAUGCACCAAAUCAGCCCUCCUGGCACAUCAGAUAGUUCACAGAGGAAAGAAGUCUUACGAAUGCAGCGAAUGUGGGAAGUUUUUCUGCCAUAAGUCAACGCUCACCAUACACCAGAGAACCCACACAGGAGAGAAGCACGAGGUGUUUAAUGACUGCGGUAGAACAUCUGUGGUGAAGCCGAACGGCAGUGACCAUAAGAGAAUGGACACAAAGGAGAAUCUGUAUGAGUGUGAUGAGCAUGGGCAUGCAGCCAACAGAAGUUCACACCUCUUUGCACACCAGAGGACCAUGUGGGAGAGACCCUAUGCAUGCAGUGAGUGUGGGAGGACCUACUGCAGGAAGUCAGCUCUCACUCACCAUCAGAGAACACACUCGGGGGAGAGGCCCUACGAGUGCAAUGAGUGUGGGAAAACCUUCUGCCAGAAGUUCUCCUUUACUGAACACCAGCGAACUCACACUGGGGAGAAACCAUACGGAUGUAGAGAGUGUGGGAAAUCCUUCUGCCAUAAGUCAGCCUUCAGAGUUCAUCAGAGAAUUCACACAGGAGAAAAACCAUAUGAAUGUAACCAAUGUGGGAAAAGCUACCGUCGGCUAUGGACACUCACUGAGCAUCAGAAAAUACACACAGGGGAGAAACCCUAUGAAUGCAAUGCAUGUGAGAAAACAUUUCGCCACAAAUCAAACUUCCUUUUACAUAAGAAAACUCAUAAGGAGUAAGUUCAGCAAGGCAACAAAUCAAGUAAUUACGUAAAGCUAGAACUGAAUAUGCAUGGGGGAGUGAAAUCUUUUCAGUGUAAGGAACAUGGGAAAAUUUUCUGCCACAGGUCAGCCCUCACCAUACUAUCAGAGAACUCACACAGCGACACAGUUUGUUUAAUACAUGUGUAUCACAUUCAGUGUGAACUCUGAAAAUGUCAGCAAUUCAGACACUACGCCAAGUGUGCCUACCUUUUAAAAAAAUGAAGUGUUAUUUAAGUUUGUUACUUUAUUGUUCUCUUCAGUGUUACUUGAUAAUGUGUCAGCAGGUGUGAAGGUCUAAUCUUACUUCAUUUUAAAUCAGUGCCAGUUCUUAUGACAGUUGAUUAACUGCCAAUGUAGAGAUUUAUAGUAUAUUAAAUCAUCAGGUUAGACAGUUUGUUUUCUGUCUUCUGUCUCCAUCUGUUAACAUCUGGUAACAGACCCCCAUCCCUUUAUCUGCAAAGGUGACAAUUAAGAGGACUAACCACACUACUACAUAUCAUAAGGGUGUUUUUUAGAAUUCAUCUAUCAAAUUCUGAGAAAGGGCCUCUGUAAUGAUGAUUAAAUUAUAUUGUAUGGGUGCAUGUGAUUAGACCGUUUUUAUGGAGAUCAUGUUGAGUCCUGAUUUCUGAGUGGGUUUUUCCCUAAGCCCUUUCCUGGCCUCUCUCUGCCUCUGUGCAUUCUGCCCAGGGAGGACAAAGUGAGCCCACCUAGUUGGUAAAGCUGGGGAGAGUAACAGGCUGCUCAACUCAGUGGUUUUCUGUCUUCAUUGUGGGCUUUCCUGAAAGUAUGAUUUCCUGUCAUGGGUAUUGCCAGUGACUAAGUAAGCACAUUGGCCUCAUUCUGUCAUUCAGCUAAUUGGCCCAUUUGGUGGUCAUGCCAUGUUGCCUUCUCCAAAUCUGUCUUCAUCUGUAAUAAAGGCCUCAUCCUGACCCGUAA